UUACACCACCCGGCCGCCCCGCGGCGCUGUGAGGAGGCGGAACAGCGACUGCUUCUCUGUCCGCAGUCAGCUGGUCUGAGUCCGCCUGACAUUACGCUGCCCCCCCCCCGGAGUUCAUAGCUGGACGGUGCACUUUAUGCAGUCUUUGAUGAUGAAGAGCUCCAAAGAGGCCGUGCAGUCAGCAGCCAAAGAGUUCCUGCAGUUUGUCAACCGAGGGGUGUCUCCAUAUCACGUGGUUGAAGAAUGCCGGCGGCGUCUGCUGCAGGCGGGCUUCGUCGAGCUGAAGGAGGCGGAGCAAUGGGACAUCAAGCCCUCCAGCAAGUACUUCGUGACCAGGAACUUCUCCAGCCUCAUCGCCUUCGCCGUGGGCGGACGCUUCCUGCCGGGGAACGGCUUCUCCAUGAUCGGCGCUCACACAGACAGCCCCUGCCUCAGGGUGAAGCCGAGGUCCAAGAGGACCAAGCAGGGCUGUCUGCAGGUGGGGGUGGAGUGCUACGGAGGAGGCAUCUGGAGCACCUGGUUCGACCGCGACCUCACCAUCGCCGGCCGCGUCAUGGUCAAGAGUGACGGCCGGCUGGUUCACCGGCUCUUCCACGUGUCCCGCCCCCUGCUGAGGAUCCCUCACCUGGCCAUCCACCUGCAGAGGGACGUGAACGACUCCUUCGGGCCCAACAAGGAGAACCACCUCGUGCCGAUCAUCGCCACCGUAGUGCAGGACGAGCUGGAGACGGGCUGCGCGUCCUCCGGAGACGCCAGCUGUGCCGCAAACACGGCGGAGAAACACCACCCGGCGCUGGUGACGGUGCUGUGCUCGGAGCUGGGGGUGGAGCCUGAGGCCCUGCUGGACUUUGAGCUGUGUCUGACCGACACUCAGCCCGCGGCGCUGGGAGGAGUGUACGAAGAGUUCAUUUACUCCCCUCGGCUGGACAACCUCCACAGCUGCUACUGCGCCCUGCAGGCGCUGAUCGAGUCGUGCUCCGGAGACUCUCUGUCCAAAGAUCCCAACGUCCGCAUGGUCACUCUGUACGACAACGAAGAGGUGGGGUCAGAGAGCGCUCAGGGCGCCAGUUCCAACCUGACGGAGCUCAUCCUCAGCCGCCUCUCCGCCUCCGCCACCAACCUCACCGCCUUCCAGCAGGCGGCGCCGCUCUCCUUCAUGAUCAGCGCCGACAUGGCGCACGCCGUGCACCCCAACUACCAGGAGAAGCACGAGGAGAACCAUCGUCCCGCUUUCCACAAGGGCCCAGUGAUCAAGUUCAACAGCAGCCAGCGCUACGCCACGACGGCCGUCACCGCCUCCGUGGUCAGGGAGGUGGCCGCGAGGGUGGGGGUGCCGCUGCAGGAUGUGAUGGUCCGUAACGACAGCCCCUGUGGCAGCACCAUCGGACCCAUCCUGGCCGCCCGCCUCGGCGUCCCCGUGGUGGACAUCGGAGCGCCGCAGCUCUCCAUGCACUCCAUCCGAGAGAUGUGCUGCACCUCCAGCGUCCUGCAGAGCACCACCCUCUUCAGGGGCUACUUGGAGCUGUUCCCCUCCGUGAGGAGCUCGCUGCUGGUCGACUAGAGACGUGACGAGGACUCCUGAUGGACGCAAAGUCCUCCCAACAUGUGGUGGGACGUGAAGACGCCAUGAAUAGUGUCAUUAUUUCACGUUGAAAAGGACUUUCUUAGAAACAUCUGCAGGCGACGUUGCACUCGUAACUGUAACUCAUGGAAGGUGGCGUCAUUUCAUCUUUCAUAUGAACCGAAAUAAAGACUUGAAAGGUU